AUGAAGACGAGUCUGACUCGGCCGUUACUCUCUGUGAGAGGGGCAUCGCCGCGAUGUCUGUACCGAGCUCACUCGUCGCUCGCGGAGCGGCUGCAGCAUGAAAUGACUACACGCAAGAUCCCUCUAUUCUACGACUACCUAUACCCCCAGCCGUCACAUCUCCUGAAUCUCACGCUGUGUGAUCUCCUCCUUCGGACAGGUUCCUGCUCCAUCGCGCGCACCGCGACAACCCUCCCCUCGAUAACAAACCCCUCGCCGCUCCCAAUCGGUCACCACCUAAUCUACUUCCCGCCGCAAGUGACGCUCUCGCAAUUACUCCCAGAUGGCACAGAUAUCUUGCACACGCCCGGCGACCCGUUCACCCGACGGCUCUGGGCAGGCGGCAAUGUCCGAUUCCCCGCGGCCAGCCCUCUACUCGACGGCCAGCGGGCUGUGUGCAUCGAGUCAAUCCGCAAUGUGAGCGUGAAGGGUCGCGAGGGCGACGAGAAAGUGAUUGUCACGAUUGAACGGCGUAUCGGUACGGUUCCUGAGGGUGAAAGUGAGUCGCAAACAUGGGACCGGAUAUGGACAAAAGACGAGGCGCUUGCGGGCGAGGCAGCGGUGAUUGAAAACCGGGACCUCAUAUUCAUGCGGAGCAAGAGCGGCGCGCAGAUUGCGGCGGACCAGGCGCUGUUUGGGAAACCGGGGAGGAUUGUCAAAGCCCCCUCGGGCGCAACACUGCGGCACACAAUCACACCCAGAAAAUCCCUUCUCUUCCGCUUCUCAGCACUAACAUUCAACGCGCACUCCAUCCACCUCGACCAGAGCUACACCCAGAAUCAAGAAGGAUACCGCAACCUUCUCGUACACGGGCCGUUAACAUUGACGCUCCUCCUCAGCGUACUGGAGCAGCACCUCCGUGGUCUGGGCCUCCGGGUCGAUCAUAUUGAAUAUAAGAAUCUGGCGCCGCUGUUUGUAGAUGAGGCUUUAGCGGUCUGUGGGAAGCCUAAGAAUGGCGGUGGUGCUUGGGAUGUGUGGAUUGAGGGGCCAGAUGGGGGUCUUGCUGUGCGGGGGACGGUGAAAACUUGCGCUUUGUACGGCGAUGACGAAUGA